GGGCGGCGGCGGCGCCGCGCUGUCGGUGGGCGAGGCCGUCUUCCAGUGGCUGGCUCAGGACACCACCGAGGCCCGGGUCACAUUCAGAUUGCGAUACAGACUAGCUGACGACUCGCACCACAUUUACCAAAAAGAAAUGCACCUGCUAAUGAGAAAAGACUGCACGCUGUGGCUGUGGCCGUCCUGGGGCGACCUGUCCUGGCUGGACCUGCCGCACACCGACUGCCUGGUGUGGUUCCCCUCGAGGAGCCUCCACGAGGACGACGCCGUGCUUGUGGCCGGCCGCCCCCUCGCCUUCUCCGUGCCGCCGCCGGCGCUGGCACCGUCGGGCCCGGACGCGGAGAGCAACGACAUCCGUCGCCAGCAGCUGGACCGGCGCCGCCGCGACGCCAAGGUGCGCGUCAUGGCCAACCGCCGGCGGGACGUCGGGCCCCAGGACGACCAGCGCGUCGACGGAGACGAUGUGAUCAGAGAAGGCUACCCGGCCAGGGCGAUGGGCCUGCUGGUCGACCUGAUGCGUCUCAACGUCGCCUGCUCGUCUGGUGGCUGGCUGCACAUCGGCGACCCCAACCUGACGCCCCGGACGGAGGCGGGGGCAGUGCCAGAGUCCAGCACGCCCUCCAACACCAAGCUGUGCGGCAAGCUGGAGGAGCUGGCCGCCUCGCAGCGCCGCCUGCACUUCCAGAAGGCGCCCGCCCUCCGCGUGCACGGCUCCCCCGUGUUCGCGCUGCGCUACCGCCUCGUGGACUACUGCCACCAGGUGGCGCUGGUGCACUCGAACGCGUCCGUGCCGCUAGCGGCCUCCCCCGGCCUCACCUGCUCCUUCAGCGUGACUCUGCCCCACGGCUACCACGUCAACUUGAGGCUGUUGGUCGGCGAGCCCAGCCCGGGGACGGUGCCGGACCUAGUGGACAUCAACAUGGGUCCGCAGUCCUCUGAGGAAGAGGAAGGCACUGACGCGGACAUACCGUCCACGGGCGCGGAUACGGUGCUCGCCGUGGUCACUGAGUUGCCCGACAUGGUGGUGUCUGACUCGCCGACGGUGGGCGCGACGCUGGGGUCCACGUCGUUCACGUCGACGACGAGCUCCGCCACGACGGCCUACCACCGGUCUUCGGCGCGCCACGGCCCGACUGCCGCCGUGAGCGCGACGAGGCCGAAGAGGGCGCGGUCCAGGAGGGACGGCCCCACACUGGCCCCGCUGGCACCGCAGACACCGCAAGCACCUGCCAAGCGGCCCACGCCGUCGUCGGCGCGCGUCGCCGAGCUGCUGCGCGACGCCAUGCUGCGGGGGCACCGGGCCGCGGACCUCCUCGACGACCCCCUGCACGCGCCGGCCGCCCAGGCCGCCCAGGCCAUGGCGCUGACACGGAACAUGGAGGCGUCCGACUACAGCAACGACACGCUGUCGCUCGCGUCCUCGUCCAUGUCCUCGUCGGAGGAGAGCAGCGAGGAGGACGCGACGCCGGGCCGCAGGGUGCGCCGCCAGAACUACAACGACGUGAUCGUGGGCUCGGACGCGCUGAGCCCGCAGCCGCCGCAGCCCCCGGCCCGCCAGUUCCGCUUCGUGUCGUCGCGCAACACGCUGCGCCUGUCCGUGGCCAUGGGCGCCGCCGCCGUGCCGCUGCGCCUGGACUACGACGCGCGGCCCGUGCGCCGCGUCGUGCAGGGCUGCUCGUACGGCUGGGUCGCCGUCGGCCAGUUCUGCGUCUCGGCCGUCGAGGACUUCCGCCUGAGCUGGGCCGACGCGGAGACCGAGUGCCGGCGCCUGGGCGGCCACCUGGCGUCCAUCACGGACCAAGAGGCGCAGCGCGCCAUCGACGACCUGCUCACCAACAGCCCCGGCUACUCGGACCACAACUCGUACUGGGUGGGCGCCUCCGACGUCACCAACGAGGGCGACUUCCGGUGGACGGACUCGCUGCCCUUCUCCUACACGAAUUGGUUCCCUGGCUGGACGCAGCACGGCGGCUACAACCGGCAGCCCAACGACGACGGCUUCUCGGCGCAGGACUGCGUGGAGCUGCGGCGGGCGUUCCUGCUGCCGCCGCCGCCCGCCGCCUCCGCGCCCGCCGCCGCCAUCCAGCCCCUGGACAGCUCCUUUCGGUGGAACGACCGCGACUGCAGCACGCGCAACCACUUCCUGUGCGAGCGGCCGCGCGACGCACAGUACUCGGGCGGCGAGCAGUGGGGCUCAGGGGACUGCACGCGGUCGGUGCUGCUGACCAGAGAGACGCCCAGGGCCAUCGUCAGCAGCCCUGGCUUCCCGCGCGCCUACCCGGACAACGCGCAGUGCGACGUGGACAUCACGGCGCCGCCGGGCUACCGCAUCGUGCUGGACUUCGAGGAGUUUGUCAUGGAGAAAGAGCCCUACUGCAGCUACGACUACCUGACGAUCCGCGAGGACGACCAGGAGGACGUCCCGAACGCCGCCGACCCGUCCCUGCACCCCGGCCUGGGGCCAGCAGGGCCGGCAGCGCCGCUCGGCCUCGGCAACACGUCCAACGACCCCGCCGCGGCGCACCUGGGGCUGGAGGGCCACGUGGUGGUCGGCAAGGAGCACCACCGCUACUGCGGCGACUGGAGCGAAAAGCUCAAGCUGCUGCGGUACGCGAGCCGCGGCCCUCGCCUCAGACUGCGCUUCGUGUCGGACUACAGCCACCACUUCGGGGGCUUUAAGGCCCGAGUUUCUGCCGAGACAGCGGACCAGUUCGAAGCUCCCGUGGCGAUGGAGUGCCCCGACGGCCGCCUGCACAGCUUCAACAACUCGUGCUUUCUGGUCGUCAGCUUCCCGCAGGUCACCUGGCAGACGGCCAGGCAGGUGUGUCAGGGCCUCAAGGCGGAACUGGCCGAGGUGUACAGCACGGCGGAGCAGGACUUCGUGGUGGAGCGCAUCAGGCACUCGGCGGACUACACCACCACCAACACGUACUGGCUGGGGGGCAUGCUGGGCCUGGAGGGCCGCUGGCAGUGGCUGAGCGGCGAGGCCAUGUCCUUCACGGGCUGGAUCCCGUCGCCGUCGUCACUGCCGGACCCCGUGGAGCCUGGCGGCGAGGACGACAACCCCGAGGACUCGGUGGACUCGCAGCUGCCGUCGUCGUGCCUGGGGCUGCAGUGGCUCAGCUCGCCGUCAGUGGCGCUGCCCUCGGGGCUGUACUGGCGGCCGCGGAAGUGCUCGGCGGUGGGCGGCUAUGUGUGCCGCCGCCAGCAGACGCCCCUUCUGGCCGUAGGCGGCGGCAGCCUCAACAGCACCGUCACCGAGCCCGGCGACCUGUCCUCGCCCGGCUACCCGUCCGGGUACCCCGCCAACCUCGACUACCAGGUGCGCCUGGUCGGGCCGCCGCAGACCCGCGCGGUCAUUCGCUUCGCCCGCGUCGACCUCGAGUCCCAGGCGCAGUGCCUCUACGACUUCAUCGAGCUGUCGGACGGCCACGGCGGGGCGAGGCAGGGCCGGCGCAAGGUGAUCUGCGGGCAGCACCACUCCGCCAUGGACCGGUUCGACUUCGUCUCCGCGUCCAACGAGGCCAUGCUCCGCUUCCACGCCGACUACUCCGUGGCGGGCGCGGGCUUCCUGGGGUCGUGGACCGCCGUGGACGUGUCCGGGUGUCCGCAGCAGACGCUGAGCGCCCGGGAGGGCGUGCUCACGUCACCGUUCUACCCGCACAAGCUGCUGCCCAACCUGCAGUGCACCGCCGUUAUCCGCGCGCCCACUGGCCGCCGCGUGUGGCUCGAGUUCUCCGACGUGGACCUGUCCGGCGAGGCGUCGGUGUGGGUGGACCUGGGCGCCGGGCGGCGCGUGGUCCGCGACUCCUACACCGACCCCAACGGCUCGUCGUGGACGCUGUGCGAGGCGCCCGACGCCACCGCCGCGCCCAUCGUCAUCACCUCCUUCCUCAACACGCUGCAGCUGUGGCAGCGCGGCGGCGACGCGGGCGUCAACCUCAACGCCACCAUCCAGCCACUGGCAGACGAGGACUACCGCGUCAAGCUGGUGCGGAUGAACAACGUGUCGUGGAGCGUGGAGUCGUGCUCGCCCAACCCCUGCCAGAACGACGGCAAGUGCCUGGCGCGCGACCGGCGGCGCGUGUGCGAGUGCAAGGGCCACUUCACGGGGCUGCUGUGCGGCCUCACCGAGUGCGACCUGGAGCCGUGCGUCUGGGGCAAGUGCAUCCUCACGCCGGUGUCCUUUCGCUGCUCCUGCGCGCCUCACUACAAGGGCAACCUGUGCAACAUCCGCGCCAAGCCCUGCCAGGACAACCCCUGCGAGGGCCGCGGCGAGUGCCACGAGAAGGGCGACACGUUCCACUGCCGCUGCCACGCCUGGUGGGAGGGGCCCAAGUGCGAGCGCCGCAUGACCGUGCCCUUCAAGCCGCUGUCGGAGCGCAUGCUGCAGGAGCCCUUCUGGCUGGGCCUCAUCACCGUCACGGCCGUCCUGGGCGUCAUCGGCCUCUUCUGGUGCGCCAAGCGCCACUUCCCGGAGAAGCUGGAGAAGCUCCUGGCCGAGGAGGCGGACCGGAAUCGCUCAGGCGGCAUCUACCCUUCGCGAGGCUCGUCACUGCGCGACCAGCUGUCCGGUAGUGUGGGCGGGUCGCACUCGCUGGCCGCCUCGGCGACGGGCGGCACCGGCUCCGGUACGGGCGGCAGCAGGGGAGACCUAGGCUCCGGGAGCAACGGGGGCAGCGGUAGCCGAGAAGGCUCGGGGCCGCAGCCGCCCCGCUCCCUGCUCGGCCGACUGGGUAUCCGCAAGCCGUCCAUCCUCAGCCUGAACGCCUCGCACAGCCCGUCGGACCAGCCCCUGGGCCUCGCCGGGGCCACAGCGCGCACGUUUAGCUUGGAUGAUCUGCUUAGGCCGCCCCCAGGAAGGACGCCGUCGCCUCGCAAGAAGCGCAACAACUCGACGCCGACCCGACAGCGGUCCGGCGUGGACGCGGCCGAGAAGAAGCAGAUCCUGCAGCAGCUGGUGUCCGGCAGCAGCCUGGACGGUGAGCCCCUGCUGCUGGACUCGCUGGGGGACUGCAAGGGCUCCUCCAGGGCGUCCUCCAGGAAGGCGUCGCGCGACGAGGACGGCGGCACCUGCGAGACGUCCUUCAGCAUCGCCGGCCUGCCGUCUCUCGGUGAGUGGAUUCGCGCCCCGUCGUGGCUGCCUUCCAAGCGCUCCCUUUCAUCCCUUCCAUUUCUGGUUUUUCCUCUAGUCGGCCAGACGGCCGUCCGCCUGCGUGCCGCCCCUGGCCACUGGCCGCUGUGGCACGCAGAUGUUGCCUGGCCUUUACCUCUUCACUCCAGAGCUCGUGACGUAGCCGAGAGGGCGUCGAACAGCUCUAGCUUGGUCCUCGUCUCGUCGCCAGGGUCGGAGCCUCCGCACAAGCUGGAGAAAAAGGUCACUUUUGCGCGCCUGCUGAACAAGGUGUCGGCCGAGAUAGAGCAGAACGCGGGGGCCGCGGGGGCGUCGGGGGCGUCGAGCCCCCCGCAGUCCACCUCGUCGAAUCCCGGCACGGGGUCCGGCACGGGGUCCGGCACGGGCAGCGAGUCCCUGUCGUCCCUCGACGCGAGUGCAGGUGCGGAGGUCCACCGGCGGCCCGCGCGGCUGCACAGCCUGAUGCGCUUCUACGACCCGGACCUGGAGGACGCCAUCACCUCGGACGACUCGUCGCACCUGACUCCGGCGACGUCCUCGAGCGGGGCGCCGGACUCGCCGCCACUGCCCCGCUCCCCCAACAACACCCCGACGCCGUCCUCGACGCCGACCUCGUCCACCAUCGAGAUGACGGUCCUGGACCCGCUGUCGGCGUGCCAGCAGCGCAACUUGAACAACGUGAUCCAGCUGGAGGUGCCGAUGACAGGCUGCCGCAACCUGUCCCCCAUCCGGGAGAUGCCCACGCCGCGCCCCACGCCCCUGCCCACGCCGCUGCCCUCCCCCAUGCCCACGCCCAUCCCGUCGCCCAUCAUGCCCCGGAGCGGGAUGGGCCUGCUGGCGCCCGUGCCCUACAGGGGCAGCCACGGCAGCCACUCGCCCAGCUCGUCGGCCAGCCCCUCGUUCCUGUCAGUGUCGCCGAGCAGCCCCACGCCGUCCGCCGUCACGACCUCGCCGUCGCCCGGCAGCCUCAGCCCGUGCGCCGUCACCCUCGUCAUCCCGGAGGUGCGCGUCGAGCAGCCGUCGCCCACCAGGUCGCCGACGUCGUGGGGCUUCCACCCCGGCUCGCCGCCGCCCCAACGGUCGGCCCAGAGGUCCCUGGAAGUGGACAGCCCCGUGCUGCCGUUCAUCACCAUCACCUGCUCCACGUCGGAGGCCGAGUCGGACAUGGAGGCGACCUCCCAGUCGGGCGGGCCCGCCGACAACGGCAUCCCCGGCAUGUGCUACCUGUCGCCCUUCUCCAUGUGCACUCGGAACGAACGCAACACGUCCGAGUCCAACUUGUCGUCAUCCGGAUACUCGUCCAUGGCGUCGCCGGGGCCGUCGCGCUGUGGCUCCAGCAACCCGCUGUCCAUGUCCACCUCGGAGGUCGAGGUGUUCCAGGUCGAGGAUGGCUCCGCGUGCUCCGCGUCGUCCGCCGCGCUGCCCCUGGCCGGCCUGCCUCGAGGUGCUCACGGCCACCGCGCGAUGCUGCUGCGCUCGCCCGGGUCGCCGUGCCAGGGCCGGCCCGCCCCUUGCAUGGCCCAGCCCCCGCCCACCCGGCGGGCGUCCGAGGGCACGGCCGUGGACGGCGUCUUCUACCCGAAUCUCCGGCGGCCCAUGCGCGGGCGCUCGGACUCGGAGACGCUGUCGGACGACGCCGUCAUGGAGUCGCAGGACGAGGGCUUCGCCACAGACACGCGCCAGAGUCUGAGCACGCUGCAGCCGGACGCGGCCGCGGAGGGGGUCCCGGUGGCGCCGCCUCGCCGCGCGCGGCAUAGCCUGGACGCCGCCAUGCUGGGGGCGCCGCCGGGGAUGACGCACCUCUUGAUACCCUCCAUCUCGCUGGCCGACCCCCUAGACGACCCCCUGGAGGUGGAGUCCCUGCUGGCACCCACGUCCCCGGCCGAUACCUGCACUGCGCUCCUCGGCCCUGCCACCGACCUCGAGGACGUGUCCAUCGAGGUGGCUGGCGGCGACCUGGACGUGCCCAUCUUGUCGCUGCUCACCCUGCCCAGCAUCGUGGUGGAGGGCGACGAGGGCGAGGCGGGGCCGUGCGGCUCGCCGAGCCCCGUCAGCUCCCGCAGCGAGUCCCCGCUGUCCGACCUGCCCGCGGGCUGUGAGCGAUUCUCGCCCGCCUUCUACGGCCGCCAGCUGCCGUUCACGGACUCGGACGGGCUGUACGACGCGCCCAGCUCGGCCGGUUCCGCCACGGGUGAGUUCGGGGUGGACGCGGCUGCCGAGGCCUCAGCCGGCUCACCGAGCGGCUCACUAACCCCGACCCGCGGCCGCAUAGCCUCCUCCCGCAAGAGUGCGGCGGGCCGACGGCGCGAGCGGCGGUCCCCGACGGUGCGCUCCGCGGCCAGGAGCCCCCCGCCGCCCAAGCUGCUGCUCGACGUGCCCGACGGCCACGCCCACCGCGACCAGAGGGCAGCCGGCUCGCCGCGCAAGCCCUCGCCCAAGCGGCGCGCGCGCAACGCCAAGUGCGCUCUCCCCGCCACCUCGUCGUCCUCGGACGAGAGCCUCAACUCGAUCCGCGAGGUGAGGCCCACGUCGCCGUGCCAGUCGGAGCGCUUGACGUGGACGAGGACGCCGGAGCCGUGCAGCCACCCGUCCACCGAGGCUUCCGGAGAGGAGACGGGAGAGGACGCCAAGUCGGCCCCCAGCCCGCGCGGCAAGCUCGCUGCCUCCCACGCCGCCACGCACGCCGCCACGCGGGACGACUGCCCAUCCAGUCCGCUCAGCGCCAAGCCCAGCGCCAAGCCCAGCAGGAAGAUCAGUCGCCUCAAGACCAUCGGGCACCAGAUCAGGUUCCUCCGGAGGCUGGAGAACAGCUUGUCCAAGCGGCGGCAGCGCAUGUCCGAGGCCCUGAGUCCCGGCGAGGCCGACGCCGAGGCCGACAGCCAGGACGAGGAGGCCGGCGCCAUGGAGCCGCUGCUGCCUGCGUCCGGCACGGUGCCCGUGGUCGUGGCCGCCUCCGCCUCGGCCGGCUACUUUGAGGGAAACACAGAAUGUCUGGAUGUUUUCCAUAUUGUUGUAGUACAUGAAGAACUUAAUGAUCCCAAUAGUGGUUGUUGGCAGCAAAGGUUACAUCAACCAUUCCAGAUGCAAUGGACCUCAGUACUAACAAAUUGGAUGUCUCCACCAUCAAACAGUGCCACUAAGCUAGAAAUGUGA